AUGACCGAGACCACUAAAACGCACGUUAUUUUGCUGUCGUGUGGAAGUUUCAACCCAAUCACAAAAGGACAUAUUCAUAUGUUUGAGAAAGCCAGAGAAUACCUGCACAAAACUGGACGAUUCAUCGUGAUUGGUGGAAUCAUCUCUCCUGUACAUGACUCCUAUGGAAAACCUGGCCUUGUCUCGAGUAGGCAUCGCCUCACCAUGUGCCAGCUGGCGGUGCAGUCCUCUGAUUGGAUCAGGGUGGACCCAUGGGAGUGUUACCAGGACACUUGGCAGACAACCUGCAGUGUGCUGGAGCAUCACCGAGACCUCAUGAAGAGAGUGACAGGAUGUAUUCUCUCCAAUGUGAACACGCCCUCUACAACCCCUGUGAUUGGUCAGCCACAGAAUGAGACUCCUCCCAUCUAUCAGAACAACAACACAGUCAACAAGCCCACUCCCAUUAAACUCUGGAACAAGAUGAGUGAGAGCCUGGGAAAGAUCUGCUGCGUUCGCCCCCACAUUGAGCGUUUUACCUUUGUUGAUGAAAAUGCCAACCUUGGCACUGCAAUGCGAUAUGAAGAGAUCGAGCUGCGUAUUCUCCUCCUGUGUGGCAGUGACCUGCUGGAGUCUUUCUGUAUCCCCGGUCUGUGGAAGGACAGUGAUAUGGAGGUGAUCGUAGGGGAUUUUGGGAUUGUGGUGGUGCCUCGCGAUGGUGCCGACACAGAGAGGAUAAUGAAUCAUUCGGCGGUGCUCCGUAAGCACAAGAACAACAUCAUUGUGGUAAAAGAUGAUAUGAAUCACCCGAUGUCUGUUGUCAGCUCAACCAAGAGCAGACUUGCCCUGCAACAUGGAGAUGGCCACGUGGUAGACUACCUUUGUCAGCCAGUCAUUGACUACAUCCUGCAGACUCAGCUCUACAUUAAUGCCUCCGGAUAG